CGAGAAGAAAAAAAAAAUUUGAAAAUAGAAAAAAAUUCGAGUGCUGAAAAAGAUGGAAAAUAUUUUUUUUUCUUUAUCAAUUUUUUCUUAUUUUCAUCACAAUCUAGACAAUUUUCUUUUAUAAUGCAAUAAAGUUGAAGGAGAAAUUUUUUCAUAUAGAAUUUUUUGCAUUGCAUAACUUUAACUAAAAAUAUUUGAUUACCUUAGUACUGAACAUGUCUAUAAAUAGAUUCGCUUAUUCGACAAAAUACCAACUUUUUUUUCCUCAUUCAUGUUCAUGAAUGAAUGUGUCUCAAGUGAAGGUUUAUGAUCACCUUAUUGUCUCAUAAAUGUGAAAAAUUGCAAUUGCUUUACUUCUUAUUUUUACUUCUUGCAAAAUGAAUUUAAUGUAGUGAAAUUAAAACUUAAUUUGUGUGCAAUUUUGAACACCUUUUUAUUUUCCGAGAAUAAAAUUCUUGAGCAUAGCAAUUUUGAAGAGAAAAUGUGGCAAAUCAUUUGCUUUGACUUGGCUGCUUACCUACCUAAUUAUGUGUGAAAUAAAAAUGUGUCAUAUCAGUGGAUAAUUUCAUUUAAGAAUCUUAUUAGGAGUUUAUUGCUGAAAAGUGCAAAAUUUCUGAAUGGGGCAUUCUUCAAUCCUUCACUUUGCUUUGACUAUGAUCUUAUGACAGUCAUAAGCGAAUGACACUUAAUCUAAGCAUUUCAAAUUCUAAGUUUUUCGUUAUAUCAAAAAGCUGAUCAGAAUUCAGGUUUAUAAGUCAAAUUAACGAAUGUUUAUUGUCAAGGUAUGGACACUUAAAUGCCUAAUAAACCUGCUUAAUCUUUUGGAGUAAAAUUAACUAAGGACAGAGUUUAGCAACACAAGACUAGCUUUUUUCAUGGGAAAUCUGUAACAAGGGAUGAAAAGAAUCUUUAUUAUUUUUUUUUUGCUAUAAGUGAACGACCCUAAAGUAUAUAAGCGACUGUUUUAAGGAGAUUCGAAUUCAAUACAACAAGAACUUGAACAAUUUUCAAAAUUCUGCAUCAUUAUAUCUUCAAAUAAUCACAAAACAAAAUGUAAACGAUCAUUCUAGAGCUUUAAAGAUCAAAGUUGUUGAGUGAAUUCUAAGAAUACAUUAGAAUAUAUAAGGAAAAUUGAGACUAAGGUGUAUGGGUAGAGUGCGAAGAAAUGUAAAUAAAUCUCAAAACUAUCAAGUUUACAAAAUAAAUCCCAGGAUGUGUGAAUGUACUCAAUUUUCAAUGAAUAGUUUAAUCGGAAAAUGCGCUGUAGCUUUCGAAAUCACACACACCGUCGACCUUUUCACUAGUUUUUAUUUUUUUUUCUUGUAGAAAUUUAUCUACGUACACUUUUCUUGUAAAGAAAUGUUGUGAUGAAUAUCUAAGAUCAUGCGAGUUUAUUUUUAGACAUAAAAUUUUUUUGUUAUAUUUAAAUUUGUGGUGGUGUCUUUUUGGCAGUAUUGUUUAAAUCAAUUUCAAAUUAUUCUUCUGAGUAGUGUGUGACGGAAAGAAAAUCACAUUUCUUAAUUAAUUAAAAUAACUUUCUUACUCAAAUUAAUUUACUUAAAGUUCCCGUUAAUUAAGAUCAUUCAAAAAUGAGCAGCCGAAGACCGAGAAGAUCACGAAUUUAUGAUUUGAAUUAUAAUAUUGGUGAAAAUUAUUAUAAGUCAGCACUCGAUCGUCUCGAUGAGAAAUCAGGACGUGCACCAAGCUCAUUAAUCAGAUCAUCUGAACCACCAGUUUUAAAACCAUCCGCUCGUCUCGCACAAUUGGAUGAAGAUGGUACAGUAGAUGAUUUGGAAAUUGCUAGAACCCGUGCCAGUCAUGCCAUUCAAAGAGAGACUAUUUUGGACCAAAGAACUGGUCGUAAAGCAGUUGAACUUGAAGCCGACUUUGACAGUCAAGUUCAAAGAACAUUGAAUCGUAUUAAUGCAUCAAAGAAGCUUUUAAGUAACAUUGAAGUAGAAAAUGGAUAUGACAAUGAACUCGCUUCAUCAAGUAUCAUCAAGAAGCGUGUCGUAAAGGUCACCACUGACAUCUCAAGCUCAUCUAACACUGCCUCUCAAGCAAACGAUACAGUCUCCAGAUGGACAAAGGUUGGAGGUGCCAAUGAUUCUGAAUCAUUUGCUGUAGCACGUGCACGUCAUACUGCAAAUCGCCUAGUCGACCUCGAGAAUGAUAUGGCAGAAAGAAGUGAAAGACAAUAUGCACGUGAACAACGCGCUGCCAAUGUAAAGAAACUCUUAGCCGAAACUAGUGAUUUCUCAGAUGAUGCUUCUUUCGGAAAUGUCGCAUCAUAUAAAGUUGUUAAAUCAUCUCAAAAGCGAAUCACAACUUAUUAAGCAAAUUGCAGUUCUAUUGUUAAAAAAAAUAGCUUUUUCUGUAAGGAAAGGCACGUUCGUUUUUGAUCUGUUUUUGCAACAAAAAAAAUUUUUAUGAUGACUAUAUAUGUGACAUUUCUCUGUUGUUUUUGAUGAACAAUUUAAUUUUUAAGUUUCACAAAACAAUCAACAACAUCAAAUUUUUUUCUCUCUCAAAUACAAGCAUAAAAUUUAAAUACAUUUAAAUUGAAUAUGAAAGAAAAUAAGAAGCUUUUGUUAAUUGUAAAACAAUAUUUUCACUUUAUUGAAUUCACAAAACACACAUUUUUAUAUUACCUAGAUAAUUUCUUUCACUCUCUAUCGUACAUAAAUGCAUUAUAACGACAUUUAUUAUAAAAGAAUAUGAAAAAUAUCAUUCAAUAAAUUUUUUUCCUCACUAAACCUC